AUGAAAAUUGUGCCCAGUGAAAAGAUUCAGCCUGUUUGGUGGAGAGAAACCUCGGUGUACCAAAUAUAUCCAGCAUCUUUUAAAGACGAAAACGGAGAUGGCUUUGGUGACUUGCAGGGUAUAUUGUCGAAAUUGGAUUAUUUGAAAGGAUUAAACGUUGAAUCCAUUUGGCUGUCGCCUAUUUAUCCCUCGCCUCUUAAGGAUAUGGGUUACGAUGUGUCAAACUACAAAGAAAUUGACUCCCGAUAUGGGUCUCUACAAGAUAUAAACGUUCUAGCAAAGGAGCUCCAUAAGCGCGGUAUGAAACUUGUUAUGGACUUGGUACUUAACCAUACUUCGGAUCAGCACGAUUGGUUUAAAGAAUCCCGCUCCUCUAAAACGAAUUCCAAACGAGAUUGGUAUAUUUGGAGGCCCGCAAAGUAUAAUAAAGAUGGCAAGCGCUUACCUCCCAAUAAUUGGAGAAGCUACUUUGAUACUUCUGCUUGGGAAUGGGAUGAAACUACCCAAGAAUACUUUUUGCAUCUUUGGGCACCCGAACAACCCGAUAUCAAUUGGGAAAGCCCAGAAUUACGCAAGGCAAUUUAUGACAUUGUCCGCUACUGGCUAGAUCGUGGAGUCGAUGGUUUCCGUUUGGAUGUCAUCAACAUGAUCAGCAAGAACCAAGAAUUCCCAGAUGCACUUGUAACGGAUGAUCGCUACGAUUAUCAAAUGGGCUACAAGUACUACGCUAACGGUCCCAGGAUUCAUGAAUAUUUAAAAGAACUCGGACAAAUCCUCCAUGAGUACAACGCUUUUUCUGUAGGUGAAAUGCCUCAUGUGGAAGAUACGGAUGAGGUUCUACGUGUUGUCGGAGCUGAUCGCCGAGAGCUUACCAUGAUUUUUCAGUUUGACUUGGUUAGUCUGGAUUUGGUUCCAGGAAAGCACAAGUAUGUUGAGGGUACCUGGAAGCUUUCAGACCUGAAGAAGUCUGUCAAAAAGUGGCAGUCUAUAUACUUGACAGGCGGAGGUUGGAACGCUAGCUUUAUUGAAAACCAUGAUCAACCACGAACAGUUUCUCGCUACUUGUCGGAUUCACCUGAACAUAGAGCGCAUAGCUCCAAGCUUAUGGCCCUCUUCAUUGUCUUCCAAGGUGGCACACCUUUUGUCUACCAAGGUCAAGAGCUAGCGCUUGCCAAUAUUCCGAGAGAUUGGUCCAUUUCUGAAUAUGUAGACGUGGAAACACAGAAUUUUUGGAAGCUUUUCAUGAGCGGCAACCCUACUCAAGAAGAAAUACAAAAAACCAUGGAUAUUGUUAACAUGAGAGCUCGUGACAAUGGUCGUACUCCUAUGCACUGGGACAGCUCGCCCAACGGUGGAUUUUGCCCAAAAGACGUUAAGCCUUGGAUGAGGGUGACGGAAGAUUUUAAUGAAUGGAACGCUUCCAGUCAAGUAGGAAAGCCAGAUAGCGUCUACUCCUUCUGGUCAGCUUCUCUUGGUUACAGGAAAGCCAUGAAGGAUGCUGUUGUUUAUGGAUCCUUUGAACUACUUUCCGAAGAAGACCCUUCCAUCGUGGCCUUUGUGCGUGAAUCGAAUUCCACCGUAUUGGCAGUCAUAUUAAAUUUUACUGAUAAGAGUGUCUCUUAUGAAUGUCCUUUGCAAAUCGGAGGAUUCCAAGUGCUUUUAAAUAACUAUGAGGAUCUAGUGAUAAAAGAAAAUGUCAUUCACUUAAAUCCCUAUCAGGGAGUUCUUUUUAAAAAAUCCCUCUCUACAUAA